AUGGAAUAUGCAGAAGAUGCAAGUGGUAAUAGAAUUUCGAAUGAUUCUGGUUUAGUUAAUGAAAAUGAUUCUUUUUCAAUUAGUAAAGCAGACUCUUUUUUAAUUAGCGAAACAGAUUCUGUUGAAACAACACAAACAAUACA